GUUAUAAUUUUAUAUUUAGUAAAUAAAACAAAUAUAACAUUGAAUUUAAUAAUGAAUUGCUUGAUUCAAUUGGCGGUCAUAUCUUUGGCGUUUUCUUUUGUGGUUUGCGAUCUAAAGGAUGACAUCGAGUGCGUGAAGAGUGGGGCAAAUGAUUUGAAUGGGAAGACAGACCGACAACUCUAUGACUUGACUCAAACUAAUUUGAUAACCGGUGAAGAAAUGGUACUGAAGAGGGCGGCGAUCGCCAACACUGAAGGACUUCCCUGUUAUUAUCAAUUCUAUGACAAAUACACCAAAGGUUUGGAAAAUAUAUUACUGAAAGACGCGGAAACCAAACGUGUGGACAGCGCUCGCACUCCGGAGGAGAGAUCCGAUGCCAUCAAAGCUAUUGCGGGAAUAACUAAAGGCAUGCUUUGCGACGAACAGUGGAGAGCCGUUCACUUCAAUGAAACCAUAAAAGAGGCCAAAUGUUCACUAUUUGAGACGGCAUUGGGUUUAGAUUUAACACAAUUUAAGCCAAAACUCGCCGCUCUGUUAACGGGUUUGACUUCUGGAAAGUUUGCCUCAAAUUUUAAAAAUAACGUUAUGUCAGGAAUUAUAGGAGAAAUCUCUCAACUAUUCGGACAGAUCUAUACCAACGCCGAGAAAUGUUCACUGAGUUUAGCCAACUCUUCGGACAGAUGUCAUAACAUAAAGAUGUUUAUCAAAGAAAUCAAUCGCCUCUUCUAUUUGGUUGAACUCGAAGUUUUGGCCAAAUUUUAA